AUCAUUCAUCACCAUGAAGUCAUCUCUUGUCCUCUCUCUUCUCCUGGGUGUUGUCCUCUCUGUCAGGGCUGCAUCAGUGCCUCCUUCUGUAGAGUCUAUGACUACUACAACUCCACUCACAACAGUCACAGUGACAGGGCUUUACAAUGACAGUUCUCCCACAAUGACCACUUAUCCAAAUUACAUUCCAUCCACAUCAAUUACUUGUUGUAUCACUACAUCUCCUGGAACCACGACACCACAAACCACAGUAUACACUACUCCUUCACCAAGCCAGAUGAUGUGUCCUGAAGGAUGGGAGGUGUUCCAGGGACGUUGCUACAGCUUUGUGAAUGAGGACAUGACCUGGCCUCAGGCUCAGUCAAACUGUGCCAUGAUGGACUCCAUGCUGGUCUCUGUCCACAGCGCUCAGGAGUACGGUUUCCUCCAGCAGCUCACCAGCAAUAAUGGCAAUCAGAACGCUUGGCUGGGUGGUUUCUACCUACAGGACCAGUGGUUAUGGAUUGAUGGUUCCUGGUUUUACAAUAACAGCUGGGGCAGUGAGUCCCCAGACAGCAGCAACCCCUGCCUAUUGCUCAAUACGUAUGAGGCAUGGAGCAACUCCCCGUGCAACGUUGGUGGCUUUGCCUCCAUCUGUGUGAAGAACUCCAAUGUCCCACAGGCAAUUGUGUGUCCUGAAGGCUGGACCGAGUUCCAUGGCCGUUGUUAUUACUACAACUAUGAGUCUCUGACCUGGCCUGAAGCUGAUACUAACUGUGCUGGUCUUGAGGCCAGCUUGGUCUCUGUCCACAGCCCUCAGGAGUAUUUCUUCCUCUAUCAGCAAACAACUGUUAAUGGUUUUUCUCCAACCUGGCUAGGUGGAUUCUACCUUGAGGACCAGUGGAUGUGGCUUGAUGGUUCCUGGUUUUACCAGGGGUUUUUUACUCAGAUGUCUCAAGACAGCACCAACCCAUGUCUUUCAACAUAUAGCAAAGACGGUUGGAGCAAUUAUGACUGUGAUCAAACCUACAAUUCGUUUUGUGUGAAGAAUGUGGUUGUGUGAAAGUUGCACUUAAAAUCUGCACCUCACACAGCACAGACAGUGUAAUGGAAUAUUUCAGAAGUACAAAUUUAACCCAGAGGUAUUCUUCCCAAAACUGCCAAAGUAUCUAUCUUGUAGAAAAUCCCAAAGAAAUUAAAGUCACUUAUACAAGA